AUGGACACUGUGGAGUUCUGCAACGAGGGCAACAGGCUGGAGGAGGUCCCCGCAGGGUCCUGGGGCCGCCGGGGCCCCUGGGCACGGCGCGUCCUCCUCCUGGCCCUGGCUCUCCUGGCCACCACAGUCCUGUGGACCCUCAUCCUGAGCAUCCUGCUUUCCAAGGCCUCCAAGCAGCAAGGGGCGUUGUUGGGCGGCCAGGACCUGCUGAGAGCGAACGCCUCGAAGCAGACGGUGAUGCUGGGCGAACUGAAGGGAGAAGUAGGAGCCUGUCACAGCUGCUGCCUGGGGACCCAGGAGCAGCUGAAGACGGCGCAGGAGAAGCUGCUGCAGCAUGAGAGCGCCCUGAGAGAACUGAGCGAGCGCGUGACCCAGCGCUUGGCCGAGGCGGGAAGGGACCGCGAGGGCAUCCGCAGUGAGCUGUUCCGGGCGCUGGAGGCCGCCCGAUUUGGAAACAGUUCCUGCGAGCCCUGCCCCGCGCAGUGGCUGCCCUUCAGGGGCUCCUGCUACCUGUUCUCGGAGCAGCAGGCCACGUGGGUGGCGUCGCAGCUCUUCUGCGCAGAGGCGGGCGCGCACGUGGUGAUCGUCGGGGACCUGGAGGAGCAGAGCUUCCUGACCCGGUACACACGAGGCCGCGGCUUCUGGCUGGGCCUGAGGGCUGUGCGCCGCGGCCGCAAGGUGCAGGGCUACCAGUGGGUGGACGGAGUCCCGCUCAGCUUCAGCCACUGGAACCGGGGAGAGCCCAACGACGAUCGGGGGCAGGAGGACUGCGUCAUGAUGCUGCACACGGGACUGUGGAACGACGCCCCUUGCAGCAACGAGAGGGACAACUGGAUCUGCGAGAAGAGGAACAACUGCUGA